AUGGUCAGCCAGACUCUGUCACUAUGGACAUCUGCCACGGGGAAGCUGGACGACGACGACCAGAGCCUCCUCACUUUUGGCCAAAACAAUAACCAAAUCAACUACCAGAGUCCCCUCGAUGUAAUUGAUUCAUUAACGCACACGACCCACGAAGCAUACGAAACUUGCGUCCACAAACGAUGGCAGAUCAAGUUGCCUGGAAAACAGGACAAGAUCAUCGUUCGCGAUCUGCUGGGCAAGAUCACGCAUUGGGUUGAAGUCUUCAAGAAUGUGGGCGACCAGGCUGUCUCUUUUGACCCGGGCCAUGCCGCGUUACCUUGGGCAGGUGCUCGGUUUCUUUUACAGAUUGCAAUCAACGACUUUAAACAGUUCGACUUUGUCGUGGAAGGUGCGGCAAAGAUCACCAGAAUUACAGCUCGAUAUAGAAUUGUCGAGUGUCUAUAUCUGCAACGUUCCAGCGCCGCGACAACGUUGCUCGAGCAGGCAGUCAUAAGGUUGUAUACCACGAUUCUGAAAUAUCUCGUCCAGGCCAGACGCUACUUCCAGCAGCGGACGGGCAUUCGCAUAUUGAAGAGUGGUGUCCUUGCUCAAAAUGACUUUCAGGAUCUACUGCAAAAGAUGGAUGCUGAUGAAAGGGAGGCUGAUCAUUGCGCCGACCUGGUUAGAACGGAGAUGGCUAAUGAGAGUGCGGAUCAAUUUGCAAGUUUGUCUCUCGAGAUGAACAACAUUGCUUUGCUGCGUGAUGCUCUGGAUCGAAUCGAGCAGCCUAUUUCACAAACGGUGCAUCGACUUGAACAAGUUGAAGAUUACCUGAAUAAUAUCCAAAGGCGAGAUAUACUAGACUGGCUCUCCUCCCAACCCUACCACGAUCACCACACAGAUAUCCAGCCCAAGGUCCUAAAAGGAACCUGUCAAUGGGUCGUACAACACAACGAAUUCUCCCACUGGCAAAACGACAGCAAGAAUACCCUCCUCUGGCUCCACGGCACACAAGGCUCGGGCAAGAGCUGUUUGACGUCAACGGUAAUCGACGAGAUCAUGAAAGCCUCUGAAUCGAACGAGAUGCACACCUUGGCAUACUUCUAUUGCUCACGCGACACGGCUGAGCCACAGCGUGCGAUGCCGCAAAGUAUUCUGGCUUGUAUCGCGCGCCAGCUCUCUCGUCGAUCUCAAACCGAGUCGAUUGCUCCUCCUACGCUGACACUGUAUAAUAAGCUACACUCCAAGGAUGGCUCAAGGCGAGCACCAAGUAUAGCCGAAUUGUGUGGUUUGAUUCGGGAGUUGACUGAGCUGUAUGAUCGAUCGAUGAUUGUGGUUGACGCUCUCGAUGAAUGUGAUUCCCAUACGCGGUGGGAACUUGUCGAGGCGUUGGAAUCGAUUACCGAGUCAGCGAGUCUUGUCAAGGUUUUUGUUAGCUCACGCGAGGAAGGGGAUCUGAGAUUUUCUCUCCAGACUCAUAGUGGGCUUCAGGUCACUUCGUUGGAGAACGAGGAUGAUAUUCGGAAGUUUGUGGAAUUUGAAACGGACAGGCUUAUUGGGAAGAAGCAGUUGUUGGCUUAUAUUCGGAAGAAACAGACGAAGGAGGAGUUGACGAAAUUGAUCAAAGAGGAUGUCAUCUCCAAGGCUAAUGGCAUGUUUCGCUGGGCAGAACUACAACUGCAAAGUCUCCGAGGCAUUCGAGCAGAAAAGGAUAUUCGAUCUGAACUCUCUCGUAUCCCUCGAGACUUGACUACAUUGUACGAAGACCUCUACGACAAAGCACUUGAAACAACCCAGGAGACAGAUCGGAUUGUGUUCCAACACACCCUCAAGUGGAUGCUCAGUGCACAAGAAGUUCUCACGCAUCACGACUUUUUCCUUGCAAUUACAGCCUUUACAGACCUGGACGCUGACGAUCUAGACGAAGAGUUCAUCUUGGAUCUUCUCAGCAACUUUGUGAUAUCUUCCACGACUGAAGAAGGAGAUCGAAUCUUCCGAUUCGCGCAUCUCUCUGUACGCGAGUUCCUCGAGAACAUGCCCGAUUAUUCGACCGAGUGGACGAACACAUUCGCAGCGGAGGUUACUCUCCUCACGCUUAUCUGUGCAAGUGACUCACCUAACGCGAAAGAAUUCACCCACCAACUAGGAGUCAUUCCUCUUGGUAUCGUCCCCUUCUCCGAAAUCAGAUCAAACGAAAAAGGCAUUCAUGAUUACUCUCUGAGGCUCUGGGAUGCGCACUGUGUGCUUUCUGGUGAGCAGAAUCGAUCAGCAGAGCAUUUAAACCUUCGCAGGUUGUUGCAUUUCGUUCUCUUGGACGAUCCCGACGACAAUUGUCCCCUGAAUUGCUGGGCUCUCUCGCUACAUGAUUGGACUGGCGAUGAUAUGGCAAAGAUCAUGAGAAAUUACCAAAGCCCCCACGACAGAGCAUUCUUGAUUGCAUGUGAUUUUGGAUUCGAUGAGAUCGUUCGUGUCACCUUGAACCAUGGCCUGGAUGAUAUAGUGAAAGAAGAAGGUGCUCUUUCUGCUUUGAGAAAUGGUCAUGCUUCAAUCGCAGAUUUGCUCAUAGGCUCGCAAGGGGAUGCAAAACUGCGAGAAUAUGUGCUGAACCAUUUGGCCAAAUUUCGCCGAAGGACCACUCACUACGCGGACCCUGCCCUCGUUCGUUGGUUACUACAAUUUGUCGAACCGUCUCAAAUCACAGAAAAGCUGAUUCUCAACGCAAGAUACCUGAAUGAAGAGAUUAUCGGCAUGUUGCUGGACCACAACCAAGACCUGCGCAUCACGGAGGAGAUGAUUCGAAAAUGUUCGCAAAGCCACGGUGCCAUCAAAGCCUUUGUGACACGAGAACCUGAGAUGAAAAUUUCUUCGGACAUACUAAUCACUAUCAUGAAGUUUUGGCCUUUUGAUGCUGAGUUUUGUAUUAAAUUGGUCAACAAAACCGACCCGGCAGUCAUCACCUGUGAAGCCAUCGCCGAGGCGGCUAAUAAAGCUGGUGACCUUGAAAUGGAGGAGCAGGUCAUGCCUUUGCUGCUUCUUCUUCUCAAGCGUGCUGAACAGAUUCAUUUCACAGAACGUGUUGUGAUGCAGGCCUUUCAAAACGAUAGCACCGGCAAGGUAGUGAAGACUCUUCUCGCUCAUAAAUGGCCGGUUACUCCCUCUUUGCUUCGAGAGGCGGCUGAAUGGGGUAAAGCAGCGACCUUCCCCCUGAUUUUGGAUGCUGCGGGUGGGACUGAUCAAAUUACGCCUGAGCUAUUCGAAGCAGCCGCCGGGAAUAUUGAAGCCGACGCGAAACAGAUACUAGAACUCCUGGUAUCUCAAUCACGCCAGCCUAUCAAUAAUGAGACCUGGUUGAGGAUGAUUGGGAAUUGCUUGCAAAUGGAGACUUUGCGAUUUAUCUUAAACUUGAAGCCUAAUAUGCCAGUGCCGGAGUCAACAUUGCUUCGUCUGGCAGGAGAUGGGCAUUUCGGCAACAACCUGUUCGUCGUGCUCCUCAAUGAUGAGCGAGAUCUAGAGAUCACCGAUGCCGUGGUUGGAAUGGCAUUAGCGAAUAUGAAUUAUGGGGAGCUUGUGCCGCAGCUAUUGAACCGACACGGCACAGAAUGCAUCACCGAGCAAGUGUUGAUCGGGGCAGUCAGUAAUAUUGGAUUCGGACAUGAGAUGACAAGGGCUUUGACGGACCGAGAGGUUCCAAUUGAAGCACCAUCCGCCGACGUUAUCAAUGCAGUGGUACAGAAUAUUCAUUCGGGCCUGCAAAUCCUUCGAAUGCUUGAGGCACACUUCGGACCUUUCGAGUUCACCGACGAGAAUGUUGAGGCCGCGGCCUCGGGAAGUUCCCAAGUGAUCAAGCUAGUCUUUGAUCGUCGAUCAAUAACGCAUGCCACUAACUCAAUGCUCUUGAAGGCAGCUUCCAAGGGAAGCCUGGACGGGAUGAAGACCCUUCUCCAGCUGGAAGACGCUGUCGUGACCCGCGAAAUCCUGAUUGCCGCAGCGAAAAAUAGGCAAUGUGGACCGGAAUUGCUUCGAUGGCUUUGGGAUCGCAGCCCCGAGAUCAAAGUUUGCGUUGAGAUAUUCAAAGCAGCCGCUACUGUCCCGUCUGUAGCACCGGAGACGAUAGGGUUCUUGGUAGACCGGAUUGAUGAUUCCCAGUUUGGCCAACAAGUGCUAGAGGCCGUUACAGGUUCCGACGCAGUCUCAUGGGGAGAUAGAAUUCUAAUGGAGACGCUCUUGAACAGUAGCCUUUCAGUCCAGGUGACGAGUGAGAUGGUUGCCAGAGUCCGAGAGCAGCAUGGUACAGACUCGUUUCUGUGGCGCGUGAUGAAACGCCAUUGCCAGAAUGACGAGGACUCGGAUACGGCAGAAACAUAG